AUGCCCAACACAACCCUCCGACGUCCCCAAAAAGGCUACCGCCGCGGCGGCACCGCCAAAGUGGCCUACCACGGCCCGCGAACCCGCACCUUCGCCGCCUCGACCAGCGCCCGCGGCGAGGCGACCUCCAUCGACGAAAAAUGGGAGCGCACGCGACUCGCCCACCAGAUCGACGAGAACAUGGGCUUUGCCCGCUACGACGCCGGCAAGAAGAAAGAAGGGUGGCUUGUCAAUGUGCAUCCGACGGCCAUUGACGACCCCCGGGUUCCCGGGGGAGGUGGCAGAGCCGCGUUGGAUUGUUAUUUCAUUGAGGAGGAUGGGUCGACGUUCAAGGCGACGGUAGAGUAUGAACCUUAUUUUUUGGUUGCUUGUCGGAAGGGGCAUGAGGGGGAGGUUGAGGAGUGGUGUAAGAGGGUCCCAGGAGGGGGUGUGGUGAAGAGUGUGAGGAGGAUUGAAAAGGAGGAUUUGAGUAUGCCGAAUCAUUUGUUGGGGUAUAAGAGGACGUUUCUGGAGUUGAGGUUCCAUAAUGUUCAGGAUUUGAUGGCUGCUAGGAGGGAUAUCAUGCCUAUUGCGGAGAAGAAUAAGAAGGGCAUGGAUGCCAUGGAUACAUAUGCUGAGGUCGCGAAUGCGAACGGUAACCUUGACCUGUUUGAUAUCGACGGGAGAGAUGACGAUAGACGGAAUAAUGCUGGCUUUGCGGAGGCCAGCGACCACAUUGUCGAUAUCCGAGAAUAUGACGUCCCAUACCACGUUAGAGUAAUGAUAGACUUAGAUAUCCGAGUCGGCAAAUGGUACUUUGUCGAAGCCAAGAAUGGCACCACCACCAUCACCCUGAACGAAGAGCGCCUGGCGCCGGCAGACCCGGUUGUCAUGGCCUUCGAUAUCGAGACAACCAAAGCACCCCUCAAGUUUCCCGACCCCGCGGUUGACCAGAUCAUGAUGAUGUCGUACAUGAUCGACGGUCAAGGUUUCCUCAUCACCAACCGAGAGAUCGUCUCCGAGGACAUCCGGGACUUCGACUACACCCCCAAGCCGGAGUACCCGGGUCCGUUCAUGAUCUUCAAUGAGCCUGACGAGAAGGCUGUGCUAGAGCGUUUCUUCCUCCACGUCAAGGAGGCCCGACCGACGGUUAUUGCCACUUACAACGGUGACUUCUUCGAUUGGUCGUUUGUCGAGGCCCGAGCUAGCGUUAACGGCAUCGACAUGUACCAUGAGAUUGGCUGGCGCAAGAAUAGCGAGGAUCAGUACCAGUGCAACUACAGCGUGCACAUGGACUGCUUCCAUUGGGUCAACCGUGACUCUUACUUGCCUCAGGGUAGUCGUGGUUUGAAGGCUGUCACCGUUGCCAAACUCGGCUAUGACCCCGACGAGCUCGACCCUGAGCUCAUGACGCCCUAUGCCAGCGAAAGGCCGCAGACAUUGGCCGAGUAUUCAGUCUCCGACGCUGUCGCGACCUACUACCUGUACAUGAAAUAUGUGCACCCAUUUAUCUUCUCCUUGUGUACUAUCUUGCCCCUGGGUCCCGACGACACCUUGCGGAAGGGUACUGGCACGCUUUGUGAGAUGCUGUUGAUGGUGCAGGCCUACAAGGGUAACAUUGUUCUUCCCAAUAAGCACGUCGCGCCGAAGGAAGCCUUCUGGGAAGGUCACCUGCUCGACUCUGAGACCUACGUUGGUGGUCACGUCGAAAGUUUGGAAGCUGGCGUCUUCCGGUCUGAUAUUCCUGUGAACUUCGCAAUCGACCCGAGCGCCGUGGACGAGCUCAUCCGCGAUCUUGAUGCGGCUUUGAAGUUCAGUAUCACGGUCGAAGAGAAGAAGAAGUUGGAGGACAUCGAGAACUAUGACGAGGUCAGACAGCAGAUUGCUGACAAGCUGUUGGGCCUCAAGGCGACACCCAAUCGCUACGAGAGGCCGCUGAUCUACCAUCUUGACGUCGCCUCCAUGUACCCCAACAUCAUGACAACCAACCGACUGCAGCCGGACUCUAUGAUCUCCGAGUCUACCUGCGCAGCAUGCGACUUCAAUCGUCCCGGUAAAAACUGCGACAGACGACUCCCCUGGGCAUGGCGAGGCGAGUACUUGCCCGCCAAGCGCGACGAGUACAACAUGAUCCGACACGCGCUCGAGAAUGAGAAGUUUCCCGGCAGGGGUCCCAAUGCCCCCAUGCGGACGUGGAAUGAUCUCAGCGCGGACGAGCAAGCAUCACUCAUCAAGAAGCGCCUCCAGCUCUACUGCCAAAAAGUCUACCACAAGAUCCACGAGUCCACCACCAUCGUGCGCGAGGCCAUCAUUUGCCAGAGGGAGAACCCCUUCUACGUCAACACGGUGCGCGAUUUCCGCGACCGUCGCUAUGACUUCAAAGGCAAGGCGAAGGUGUGGAAGGGCAAGACCGAGGCACUCAAGUCCCAAGGCGCGCCGGCGUCUGAGAUUGAGAAUGCCAAGAAGAUGAUUGUGCUGUUUGACUCGCUGCAGUUGGCACACAAGGUCAUCUUGAACUCAUUCUACGGCUAUGUCAUGCGCAAGGGUUCAAGAUGGUACUCCAUGGAAAUGGCUGGUGUUACUUGUUUGACCGGUGCGACCAUCAUCCAGAUGGCGCGGUCUCUGAUUGAGCGGCUGGGGAGGCCGCUGGAGUUGGAUACGGAUGGUAUCUGGUGCAUGCUACCAGGUUCAUUCCCCGAGAAUUUCUCGUUCAAGCUCAAGAACGGGAAGAAGAUGAACAUCUCGUAUCCCUGCGUCAUGCUCAACCACCUGGUCCACGCGCGGUUCACCAACCACCAGUAUCAGACCCUGGUUGAUCCCAAGACAUUCAAGUAUGAGACGCAUAGCGACAACUCCAUCUUCUUUGAGGUCGACGGUCCGUACAAGGCCAUGAUCAUCCCGACGUCCAAGGAGGAGGACAAGAACCUGAAGAAGCGCUACGCCGUCUUCAACCAUGACGGCAGUCUCGCUGAGUUGAAGGGCUUCGAGGUGAAGAGACGUGGUGAGCUGAAACUGAUCAAGAUCUUCCAGCAACAAAUCUUCAAGUUCUUCCUCGAGGGCACCACGCUGUCCGAGUGCUAUGCUGCCGUGGCCAAGGUCGCAAACCGCUGGCUCGACGUGCUCUACAACAAGGGUUCGACUCUCGCUGACGAGGAGCUGAUGGACUUGAUUUCGGAGAACCGCAGCAUGACCAAGACGCUGGCCGAGUACGCCGGGCAGAAGUCAACCUCCAUCACGACCGCCAAGCGUCUCGCCGACUUCCUCGGCGAAGGCAUGGUCAAGGACAAGGGUCUGAACUGCAAGUUCAUCAUUUGCUCCAAGCCCAAGAAUGCCCCUGUCACCGAGCGCGCCGUCCCCGUCGCCAUUUUCGCAGCCGAAGAGGAAACCAAGCGAAUGUACCUCAAGAAGUGGCUCAGAGAAGAACCCGCCGACACCGACCCGCGUGCCCUCAUUGACUGGGACUAUUACAUCGAGCGUUUGGGCUCCGUCAUCCAGAAGCUCAUUACCAUCCCCGCGGCGCUGCAAAAAGUCCGCAAUCCUGUCCCGCGCGUGCCGCACCCAGACUGGCUGGAGCGCAGGAUCCGGCAGAAGGAUGACAAGCUGAAGCAGCAGAAGCUGACGGACGUCUUCUCGAUCAGCAAGAAGCCGUUGGAGGAGACUGAGCCGCCGAAUACGGCGGCAUCGACGAUUGGAGAUAUGGAGGAUAUCGGGAAGCUGUUGAAGCCGAAGACUCUUAGUGAGGUGAUCUCGGCGUCGCAGCAACAGGCGAAGGCGCAGAAGCGUAAGUCGCCUGAGCCAGAGGUUCAGAAGGAUGAUCCGUUUGCUACGCUGCCGAAAAAGAUGCCUGAUCCGAGUGAGGAUUAUGUCGCGUUCUUGGAGUAUCAGAAGAAGAAAUGGAAGAUCCAGAAGCAGGCACGCGCCAGGAGAAGGCAUCUCUUUGGUGAGCGCCGCGGUAACCUCCUCCAGAGCAACAUUCAGCAGACUUUCCGCAGCCAAGCUGAGAUGACUUUCCGGAAUACCUGGCAGGUUCUCCAGCUGCGGGCGACCGAGAGCCCGGGUAUCGUGCUGGCGUAUGUCUUGAUUGAAAACAAGAUCCACGCAGUCAAGAUCAACGUCCCCCGACAAGUCUUCCUGAACCUGAAGAGUAAAGACCUCCCCGACAUCGAAGUGGACGGCUGCCACGUUGAACAGGUCUAUCACACCCUGCCUAAUGGCCACUCGUCGGUACACCUAUUUAAGCUGACCGUCCCGGAGGAGAUCUACUUCGCCGAGGCCGAGAAGUUCUCUCUCCUCUUCAACCAUCCUAGCGUGGAAGGCGUCUAUGAAAAACAGAUCCCCCUCAACCUGCGUGCUGUCUUGCAGCUGGGUAACACCUGCACCAUUGAUGAGAGCCAGCCGGGUGUUCUAGGCAAAGGUUUGGAGCAGGGCUUCGACCUGUCUGGUCUCAAGCGCCCCGAGAAGCCGAAGCCGUACUUGGAAAACGCGCGCAUGGCGUACAUCUACCUAUCGCAUAUCAGCGCCGGCGAGCGACAGAUCUUUGGCCUGUUCUCGUCGACCGGCGAGCACGCGCAUAUCAUCAUCCAGCAGAAGAACCGUGACGGUGGGCAGGAUAUGCCCAAUGUGGGCAAGAUCUAUGCCGACUACCUGGCUAGGAGACGCAGUGAGGGCGUGGAGGGCUGGCAGGAGUGCUUCCCGUACCAGGAUAAGCUGAACUUUAAGAUCACGCAAGUCACGACAAGGCGUAAGGCGUUCCUCGAGGUUGGGGACGUGGUGAAGAAGAUGAAGAAGGAGGAGUCUGGGCCGACGAUGAUGGUGAUUCAGUCGUCGCAGAGGAAUCUGUUGGUGCAUGAAAUCCCGAUAUUGGGAGAGUUCCCUGUGUUGCCGUUGCAGUAUGAUCAGGCGGAUAGCAGCCUGCCGCCGCUUGGGUGGCAGACUGUUGCGGCGAGGCGGCUGGUGAACCAUUACCUGAGUCUGGGGUCAUGGAUCACGCAUUUGACGGCGUUGGCGCGGUAUGGUGAUGUGCCGCUUUGUAAUCUGGAGAAGGAUGAUCCGAGAUUCUUGAUCGACGUCGCCUAUGCAAGGCGUCUGCAGGCGAACAAUGUCGUGCUGUGGUGGUCGCCUAGCCCAAGGCCGGAUCAUGCUGGCUACGAGAAGGACGACGUUGCUGGUCCGCUGGAUCAAGUCCAGAUGCCGUCCGUCAACAACCCCGGCACAUAUGCCUCGGUGUGCAUCGACCUCGAAGUCCGCAACCUCGCCAUCAACACGAUCCUCACCUCCUCUCUCAUCAAUGAGCUCGAAGGGGCCGAAAGCAUUUCCUUCAACCCCGCAGCCGACAGCUCCUCCUGCGGCGAAGGCAACGAGGUCCUCUAUGCGGAAAACACCUUCGCCAACGCCGCAGUCCAAGUCCUCCGCGAAAUGGUCAAAUCCUGGUGGGCUGAAGCUUGCAAGGGUUCGACCAUGGCCGACGUCAUGGUGCAGCACCUAGUGCGGUGGGUCGAGUCUCCUGCAUCCUGCCUCUACGACCGCGCGCUGCACUACUACGUGCAGAUGAUGAGCCGCAAGGCGCUGUUGCAGCUCAUGCAGGACUUCCGACGCGUCGGGUCCCAGGUCGUGUUUGCCAGCCCGAAUCGGCUGCUGCUGCAGACGACCAAGACUGAGGUGGGGAACGCGUUUGCCUACGCGCAAUACAUCCUCAAGAGCAUCAAGGCCAAGCCGCUGUUUCAUUUUAUUGAUCUCGAGAUCAAGGAGUACUGGGAUUACCUGGUGUGGUACGACGAGUACAAUUACGGCGGCAAGGCCUGCCAGGAGGUGGCUACCGACAAGGUUGAGCAGGAAUUACAGCUCGUUAUGCACUGGCAGAUGGCGACAUUCCUUCCCCUGCGGCUGCAGCCUGUCUUCCGCGACUGGGUCGUCGAGUUUAUCGAGCUUAUGCAUGGUUUGAAAAGGCCGCAGACGACGGGGGAUGAUCCGACUGCUACCCCGCGCCUGACACAGCUCCCCGUGCGCGACAAUGCCGGCUUGGCGGAGGACGCUCCUGGACAGAUCAUUCUGGGCAAGGCAUUCGAGAAGCCGCUCAAGAAGGAAAUCAUGAACCUCAUUGCCGCGCAGAAGCGCGAGUUGCUGCAUCCCGAACUAGCCGAAGACUACUCCUUCCCCUUACUCCCUGGUUCACACCUCGCCCAUUUGACUCCCCAAGCCGCGUUGCCCAGCUCUAGAUCCUCGACCUCCCCCAAUGGCAAGGACAAGACUCCGGUGUCAAGUACAGCCAAUCCCAUCCUGGAGCUAGUUAAAUCCCUCAUGCAGAUCCUCUCCCUCGACAAAAACAUCACGCUGGAAGCCCGCCUCCUCCGUAAAGAGCUUCUCUCUCUCUUCGAUGUCCGCGAAUUCUCCCGCACCGCCGCCUUCGUCAACCCUUCUGCCUCGCUGCGCAUCCCCCAGUUCAGUUGCGACAAUUGUACCCUCGCUCGGGACCUCGACCUAUGUCGCGACGAGGAUUUAUUACCCAAUACAAAUGAGAAGGGCGAAAAUAACUGGGUCUGGUCUUGCCCCUUCUGUGGGCAAGAAUAUGACCGCAACGCGGUCGAAGAGAGGUUACUGGCGGAAGUCGAGGGGUUGUUGGUGCAGUGGACUGCGCAGGAUGUGAAGUGUGGAAGGUGUGGCGUACUUAGGGGGGAGGGGGCCGAGUUCAUGGAGUAUUGUACUUGUAGUGGGGAAUGGGUUGCUACGGUCGAUAGACAUGAAGUGAUGAGGAAAUUGGGGGUGUUUAGGAAUGUGGCCAAGGGGUAUGGGUUGAGGAUGUUGGGGGAGGUUGUGGAGGGGGUUCUAGGGGGGUUAUAA